UUCGUUAAAGACUUAAGUAAACAAAUUAGAUAAGAUUAUUCCACCGGGUAGGAUAGCAGAAAAACCUUCAAGGAAUUCUGCAAAAAUCAUAAUAUAAUUCAGAAACGGUUAUUACAGCCUGACUGGAAAUGAGUUCUUCAAGACGUGUGGCAGUGGUCACUGGUGCCAAUAAAGGAAUAGGCUAUGCCAUUGUAAGAGGUCUCUGCAAACAGUUUGAUGGAGAUGUCAUUUUGACUGCAAGAAAUGAGGGUAAUGGACAAGAAGCCAUUAAGAAGUUAAAUGGUGAAGGGUUAAAGCCGAUGUUCCAUCAGCUGGAUCUAGAUGAUGUUGGCAGUAUAGACAGAAUAAAGGAUUUCCUGCAGAAGACAUACACUGGAAUAGACAUACUAGUAAACAAUGCAGGGAUAGCUUUUAAGAUGGCAGCCACAGAACCGUUUUCACAACAAGCUGAGAUCACUGUAGCUACUAACUUCUGGGGAACAUUGAACGUCUGUAAGGGACUUUUUCCACUCCUGAAACCUCAUGCAAGGGUAGUAAAUGUAUCCAGUAUGGCUAGCCAGUAUGCAGCCAAAAAGUGCAGUGAUGAAAUGAAAUCAAGAUUUAUUGCCCCUGAUCUUGAUCAAGCAAAAGUUGAGCAACUGAUGACAGAGUUUGUCAAUUCAGCUAAAGAUGGUAGUUAUGAGAAGAAAGGUUGGUGUCAGUCGGCAUAUGGUUGCUCCAAAAUUGGUGUUACCCUUCUUAGUUUUGCUCAGCAGAAAGAAUUUGACAAAGAUUCACGAGCUGAUAUUAUCGUAAAUGCUUGUUGCCCAGGAUAUGUGGACACAGACAUGAGCAGCCAUAAAGGAACAAAAACUAUAGAUCAGGGAGCAGAUACUCCAUUAUACCUGGCACUUCUGCCUCCGAACACCACCAGUCCUAAAGGAAACUUUGUAUCUGACAGAAAGAUUCAAACCUGGCCAUGACUACAUGGACGCCUGUAGAACUUUUACUCUGGACUUAAAGAGUGCUAGUCUCUAUGCAGCUUCUCUUUGUCUCGUACAGUAGUGUAUUAAAUUUUACUGUUACUUACUAGGUCAUUAUGUUUUGGAUCAAAUAAUGUCAUGAUUUAAAGUUUCAAUAGUGUUCAGAUUUAGAGAAAAUUUCCUUUAUGAAACAAGACUUCAGUUUAAAAUAUGAUCCAUUAAACAGAUUUGAUAUGAGGAAAAUUUGCUUUAAGUCAGCCUAAAUUUAAAUAUCAGACUUUAUGUCAUUCCUCUUGUAACUGCUAUAAACAGAACAUACUGUGCAUAGAUCCAUCGAAAAUCUUAUUCAUUUUUUUCCCCUUUAAUAGCUCAAAUAGGAUAUUUUUGCCGAUUUACAUAUCAACAGAUCAUUAGUUUUACUGAUGUCAAUUUUAUUUUUUGUUAUUGAACUUUUUGUUACUCAGUUCCUCAAACCAUCUGACGUAUACAUCUUAAAAUCAGUGUUCUUGGUUUUGACACUGAAGGAACUUAUUCAAUUACAGAAUAAAAAUCCUACACAUUUCUGAACAAAAAUAUUAUUUUACCUCUGCUGCCAAAGUCUUUAACAUAGAUUCAGAAACUAUCUAGUUGUAUGUAAAUUAUUUUAUAUGUCUACUGUUGUAAGCAUGUAUAAUCAGACUUAAUGAAAUAAACUUGAAAUAAACUUG